CAUACAAUUUCUCCACAGAUAAGUUUUAUUUUAGCUUAUCUGUUGCUUUCUGCAGGGCAUUUGUCAGUCAGAGUGAAGCCACGAUGCAUCUUCCUGCAGAUGUUGGUGAUUACACUGAUUUCUACUCCUCCAAGGAUCACGCCACUAAUGUCGGCAUCAUGUUUCGAGGAAAAGAGAAUGCUUUGAUGCCAAACUGGUUGAGGCUUCCAGUGGGAUACCAUGGCAGAGCAUCAUCACUGGUUGUGUCUGGAACCCCAAUUCACCGCCCUUGUGGCCAGAUGAGGCCUGAUCAAAGUAAUCUCCUAAUGUUUGCCAGUGUUGGGUAUCAUUAAUGUCCUUUUUAAUUU